AUGACUAAAACUAUCCAAAGAUGUGUCUUUAUCAGACACGGUGAAACUAAAUGGUCAAAGACUGGUCAUUAUACCGGUAAAACUGAUUUAACUUUGACUGAAGAUGGUGUUGCUGAAAUGGAAAGAGUCGGUAAAGGUAUCUUUGAAUAUAACUUGGUUAAUCCAGACCGUAUUACCCAUGUUUUCGUUUCUCCAAGAACCAGAGCUCAACAAUCUAUGAAAUUGGUUUUGAAGGAUUUAACUCCAGAACAAAGAGCUAGAGUCAAGGUUACUGUCGAUGAAGAUAUCCAAGAAUGGGAUUAUGGUGAUUAUGAAGGUUUAAUGACCGCUGAAAUUGAGGAAUUGAGAAAAAAGAGAGGUUUGGAUAAGGAAAGACCAUGGUCUAUUUGGAGAGAUGGUUGUGAAAAUGGUGAAAGUACUCAACAAAUUGGUAAAAGAUUAUCAAGAUUUAUUGCUAGAGUACAAAAAGCUCAUAGUGAAGCUCAAGCUGCAGGUCAGUCAUCUGAUAUUUUAGUAUUCGCACACGGUCACUCUUUGCGUUACUUUGCAGCUUUAUGGUUCAUGAAAGGUAUUGAACAAGAUUGUGAACCUCUUCCAAACAAGCCAGAGGGUGUUUCUCAUGAUGAAAAUGGUGUUCCAUUUGUUAACAUUACAAAAUUCAGAUAUUUGAACGAAAAUCCAAACUUCUUGUUAUGUGCUGGUGGUGUCGGUGCCUUAGGUUACAGUCAUUACAGUUGUGAUGAACCAGCAUUAGAUUUAUCAGGUGCUUUCAUUCCACCAUUGCCAGAAAGUUCCUUGAGAUAA